AUCCUUGAGACAAUUUAACACAAGAGAAGAACAUUAGGGGAAGGAGGGGUAGAUGGGACCCAGAUUAAAAACUGGUGGGUGAGAAUGAAGCGAGAGGUGCUGUCAAGUGAGGAGUGGGCUUUGAACUUGUGGCUACCAAGUAACAAAGUUAGAGGGGGCAACAUAGUUCAAAAAGGAAAAACAACUCAUUUAUUGUGUCAAUGCUUUCUUCUGGAAUCAACCCAAAGCUGAAAGGUCCCCUCCCAAUCCCUCUAAAUCCUCUCUCUCUUUUCUCUUUUUAUGUAAUCUAAUCUCCCCUAAUUCCCACACUCUCUAUCAUCGUCAUCAUUAAGCAGGCAGCACCCUCAACCCUCAACCGCCAUCACCAUACAGAGAAAAACAAAAACCAUCGUAGCCACAUGGAUUUCCAAUGAAACUGAGAGAGCUCAAUUAUGCGAACGCUUUGUGAUGCUUGUGAGAGUGCGGCCGCUAUCGUCUUCUGCGCCGCUGAUGAGGCCGCACUCUGCCGUGCCUGCGAUGAGAAGGUUCACAUGUGUAAUAAACUUGCUAGCAGGCAUGUAAGAGUGGGUCUGGCAAGUCCAAGCGAUGUGCCUCGUUGUGAUAUAUGCGAGAAUGCACCUGCAUUCUUCUAUUGCGAGACAGAUGGAAGCUCGCUUUGUUUGCAGUGCGACAUGAUAGUUCAUGUUGGUGGUAAAAGAACACAUGGAAGAUAUCUUCUAUUUAGGCAAAGAGUUGAGUUUCCAGGAGAUAAACCUAGUAACAUAGAAAACCCAGCUUCUCAACCUGUGGAACCAGGGGAGACUAAGAGGGGACAAAAUCCACUUCCCAAAUUAAAAAUGGGGGAGAAGCAACAAAACCACAGGAUGCCGCUGCUUUCAACACCAGAUCCUGAUGCUGAUGGACAUGCCAAGAUGGAAACUAAAAUGAUUGAUUUGAACAUGAAGCCUAACAGAAUACAUGAACAAGCAUCAAAUAAUCAGGUUGAACACAUGAUGGACUUCUAUGUUGUUUAUGAUGAUUAUACACAAAUGGGAUUGGAUUAUAGGAAGCAUGUGACAUAUUCCUCAUAGUUUUAAGUUGUUCAAUAAAUGAGUGUCAUCCAAAGAAUAAAAGAGUUAAUUCCUUUUGACUACUGCAGCUUACAUCAAAUUUUGUAAAUCUGGAACUAAUUUUUUUUAUUCGUCUUGUUUCCUUUUCUGCCUCUUGUAACCAUGAAAUUUCAGCUUUCCUUUGUUUUCUAGAAUUGGUCUUAGUAAUGCUAUUGAAAAUAUAACUCAACAACUCUUCAAACAUGAUUUCAACACCAUAUGGUUCAUCUUUGCUUCUGUGAACUCUCAAGGGAAGAAGGGAUAAAUAUAGAAGGACAAAGCUUGUGGAACACAAUUACUGUGGUUACUUUUUGUAUAUAUACUGAUAUGCAUAUUU